AUGUUGGUGAGUGUUGAAACCGAGGAAGAAGCCAUUCAACUAGCGUUUCUCCAUGCACUUGAGGAAAAGAAAACCGACGAGAAAAGUCUUCAUAUCGGAGCAGAGAUGGCCACUGAAAAAGUGCUCGGAAUGUGGUGGUGCACUGCCACAGAUAACUUCACAUAUAAAUUGUCGAGGAAACACGAUGCUGAUCUACUAGCAGGAGAACGUAAACCAACAAAACGGGAAGUCCUACACAAUGUAGCGGAUGAAGCCACCAAGUGGAAGCGACAGCUGAAUAUCAGAAGCGACAGUAGAUGGAUAAGGGGUCCUAAUUUCUUAUGGCAAGCAAAGCACGCUUGGCCUACGGAACCAUUCAACACUAUCUCUACCACGGAAGAACUGCGGGCACACCUACUUUACCACAAUGUGGUGCAGGAGCCAUUGAUACAAGUGGAUAAAUUCUCCAGUUGGCAUCGAUUGAUGCGCAUAGUAGCUACGGUUCUGCGAUUUGUAGAAAACUUGCGCUAUAAAGCCAGAGGCAAAAACAGAAAGAUAGGUCCAUUAACCAACGAUGAACUACGAUGCGCUUCCAAUCUUCUAUAUCGACAAACACAAAGCGAAUCUUUUCCUGACGAAACAGCUAUUCUGUUCAACACUGACACAACUGAAAAAAGAAUACCCAAAUCAAGUUCUAUCUUCAAUUUGAAUCCAUUCCUCGACAACCAAAACGUUAUGCGAAUGCACGGAAGGAUCCACGCUUGUGAAUAUGCUAGCACCGAUGCCCGAAAUCCAGUUAUUCUACCAAAGGAUCAUCACAUCACUAAAUUAAUAGUUAAUGACUACCACUGCCGUUACCAUCAUCGUAAUCAUGAAACCGUGCUGAACGAGCUGAGACAGGUUUUUCGAAUUCAGAAGCUACGGGUGCUGUAUCGGAAAGUCAGAGCAAAUUGCCAAUUGUGCAAAAACCAGCGUGCAUCACCACAACCACCUCCUAUGGGCGACCUCCCGAGAGAUUAUUUCGGUCCACUUUCUGUAGCGGUUGGACGCAGAAUUGAGAAGCGUUGGGGUGUACUUAUAACCUGCCUGACCAUUAGAGCAGUGCAUUUAGAAAUUGCACAUUCGAUGGACGCGGACUCUUGUAUUAAAGCGUUGAGAAAUUUCAUGGCGAGGCGAGGAGUUCCGAUUAAAAUAUACAGUGAUCGGGGCACCAAUUUUACAGCGGCCAACAAGGAGCUCAAAGCGGCACUUAAGGAAAUAGAUCAAAAUAAAAUAAUCCAGGAGAUAGUAAGUCCACAAACCGAAUGGGAAUUUCUUCCACCAGCAUCCCCACACAUGGGGGGUUCCUGGGAACGAUUGGUGCAGACUGUGAAAAUUAACUUACAACAGAUGAAACCUGGGCGCAAUCCUAGCGAUGAAACUCUUCGGAAUUUAUUAGCGGAGAUAGAGAAUCUGAUCAAUUCCCGUCCAUUAACCCACGUACCGGUAGAUGAUCCUGACGCACCAGUCUUAACGCCGAAUCAUUUCAUCUUAGGCUCAUCAAGUGGAUUAAAACCUGGGACAUGUCUAGACGAUAGCGCUGUUGUGUUGCGGCGGUCCUGGCGGGCGUCACAGGUGGAAGCAAAUAUUUUUUGGCGAAGAUGGGUUAGGGAUUACCUCCCGGAACUCACGAGAAGAACUAAGUGGUUCAACACAGUAAAAUCAAUAGAAAUUAAUGAUGUUGUUAUUGUGAUCGACCCGGAAUUGCCUCGCAACUGUUGGCCUAAAGGAAGGAUAGUCAGUGUAAACCAAGGGAAAGACGGACAGGUGAGGUCAGCAACGGUUCAGACAAAAAGUGGAAUUUAUGAGCGUCCUGCUACGAAGAUCGCUGUUUUGGAUGUUCGUCGCGAAGAACCAGUAAGCCAUGAGCCUGGCGUACGUGGGGGGAGUGUCACAUCCCUAUCGGUCGGCGCUCCUCAUCGAAGCAAUCUGGAUCGUGCAGCCAUUGGGAGAGAUUGA